AUGGAGACGAUGCGGAUGUGCCGUCUGGACAAGACGCACGACAAAGGGAAGAAGCGGAUCAGCUUCGUGCUGCGAGACGAACGUUGGCGCCAGACGGUGAUCGCGCGCUGCGUUCAGGCGGGGGUGGAGCGCAAGCAGGGGAAGGCUCCAGCGUCGUUCAUGGAGCGGGAGCUUCAGGAGUACGUCGCGCAGCUGGAGACGCCGCUGCUGCAGUGCACGCUGCAGGCCUACUGCGUCCUGCACCGGAAGGACCUGCAGCGCGACGAGGCGGAAGGCCCGCAGACGCCCCACCUCGCGGGCCUCGGGGGGACGGCGGCCGGGGAGAGCAGCCAGACCUUGCUGGGCGACACGGUGCCAGAGGACAUCGAGGAGGUAGUGAUCAAGCCGCUGAAGCUGCAGCAGCUGGACACCACCAACACUGUCCUGUGCUGUGGGCUGCCGAUGACGGUGUCCCACACGAUAGACAGGUACAGCCCGCUCGCGCCGUGCAACCGGUACCAGAUGAGAUGCGACAGGGACCCGACGCCAGAGGAGGUCUACGCUAACAUAUGGGGCCAGGAGGACGGAGGAGGAGCUCCUCCUAUACCCUAUCUGGAGGUCAUCGUUAUUCUGAGCGGCGUGGAGGAAAUAACAGGGGCGUCCGUGAGGGCAGGCAGUCCUACACGAAGGAGGAGAUCGGGUUCGGCGAGGAGUUUGCCAGGUGCGUCUUCUUGGACAAGAAGACUGGCCGACAUAAAGUCGACUUCGGCAAGUUCCAGGACACCACGCCGACCCGCACCACGUCCGUGCCCCCCUCCGCCGCCGAGUACUACCGCGCCCGCAGCGGAGGACCCCCCCCCGGCCGGGCCCGGGGCGGCCUGGCUGCAGCGGGACACCCUGGGCACGCGCGACUCCGCGGACUCGCUCGGGUGA